UUCGUUACUUCGCACAAGUCACAAACUAGAAAGUAGCAUAUAAACGUAGAGAAGUCAGUUUUGAUAAAUGGGUACCAAAAUACAAUAUGUUUCUUAGCGCGGUGAUAAAAGAAUUUCCCCACAACAAAAUUUAACAUCUAAACCACAAAAAUAUUGUAAAGUGUUAAGUGAUCUAGACAGAGGUUUAUAAAAACAAAAAAAACUAAUGGAUUGGAUGUCUCAUAAUAAUUCCCGUUCCGUUUCGAGUCGCCUGGAUUUAGCAAGAGCAACUCAAGCCACCGAAUUCGUACCCAGAGUAAUCACCUCCAGUACAUCUGGCUCGCCGAAUUUUUUCAACAGCUACUCCAAUCCCUCGGCCCUACAUUCUAUCGCCAAAAAAUUGGAAGAUGGAGGUCUGCCUGGUCACAUCGCCUCGGAACCAUCCGCCUCAUCGUCGCCACCCCUAGUUAAUAACACGGCCCUAAUUAACAACUCGCCUGUACCGGAUAAGGUGGGACCCAAUCCGGCGUUGCCUGCUUACCAAGAAAAUGUUGGGGGUACCACUUAUUUCUACCAAAUUCAUGCUACUCCGGAGAACUGUCAACCAACUGAAGUUUCCAAUCCAUCUCUACCGACCGAGUACAAUGUCUAUACAGCAAAGAAAGAACCAUCGUUUUUCCUAUCAGAAGACCUUCACAACGACAUUCUAAAUAGAAACGUGUUAACUUUGAUGCAACCGGACCCGCAGCAAUAUCCAGAUCUUCCGCAAGAAGUCGAUAGCUACCACGAGUUGUACCCCCUCGAACCCAUAUCAAAUAGCCUACACAAGGCCCAUUUGGGCUACCAAGCUACAAUGUACAAAGCCACCCACAUCAAGACGGGCAUUCCCUACUGCUUAAGGAGGAUCCACGGUUUCAGAUUGUCCAAUACGAAAUGCAUGGCGUUCGUGGAGCUGUGGCGCAAACUCACUCAUUCCAAUAUCGUUCAAUUAACGAAGGUAUUCACGACGAAGGCGUUCGGCGACAAUUCCAUGAUAUUCGUUUACGAGUACCAUCCCGGCUCCGAGACGCUUCUGAACAAACACUUUUCGCCCGAUCAACCGGGCUAUAACGAUCCGUUCCUCAACGACACCUCGACGCCGAGACCUUACAGCUAUCAGAAGAACAACUUGCUCAGGCAUACUCAGAACAAUAAACUACCCGAACCUCUCAUUUGGAACUACAUCAUUCAACUUACUUCUGCUUUAAGGAUCAUUCACUCGUCGGCGUUGGCUUGUAGGAGCUUAGAUCCUACGAAAAUUAUCAUUAAUUCUCGCAACAGGUUACGAUUGAGCUGUUUAGGCGUUAUGGACGUUGUGCAUCAGGAAACAAACACUACAAUUAACCACGUAACGCUGCUUCAACACUACCAGCAAGAAGACCUCACUGCUCUAGGAAAGGUGGUGCUAGCGCUCGCCUGUAAAUCCACCACGGCUGUACAAAGGGAAAACAUAAACACUGCUUUAGAAAUCGUAGGCCGUUCUUACACGUCCGAUCUCCGAAAUCUCAUCAUGUAUCUGUUGGGGGCGCAGCAGCGACGCAGCGUCACCGAUCUGAUGCCCAUGAUAGGCGCUCGAUUCUACACGCAACUCGAUAAUCUCCACAACUACAUCGAGACGCUCGAUCACGAGCUUUCGAAAGAAGUACAAAACGGUCGAUUGUUCAGGAUCAUGACGAAACUGGCCACGAUCAACGAACGGCCGGACUUCAAUUUGGAAAGCACUUGGGCAGAAACCGGCGACAGGUACAUGCUGAAGUUGUUCAGGGACUACGUGUUUCACCAGGUGCAGGAGGACGGUACGCCUUGGUUGGACAUGGCGCAUAUCGUUCAAUGUUUGAACAAAUUGGACGUGGGCGUGCCGGAGAAGAUCAGUUUGGUGUCGCGCGACGAACAGAGCGUCCUGGUGGUGUCCUACGCCGAGCUCAAGCAUUGUCUCGAACAGUCUUUCAACGAACUUUGCAGCUCAUCGUCGACGAGCAUCCACGAUAUGAGCCGAAUGCCGAUCGGUAUCGACGAUAAGUUGUAGAGCGAAAUCUGUCUGUGUUACUUAAUAGGUCGGAGUCCAGGUGGAUGUAAUUAUUUUCGGUUUUUUUUUUAUACGUUUUGAAUGCUUUUUUUUUGGGGGUUUUCAGUCAAAUUUUUGACAUUAGUCAAUUAAAAAAGAUGAUAAAAUCAAUGCUUUUUGAUAGGUAAGAUUUAAAGAAAUAAGCCCAGUGUUUUUUUAUUGCUAUGGAUUUAGAAAAGGUUGAUUUUAUGUAAUUGAUUUUUAUUUAUUUGACUAGUGUUAUUGUAUGAUUAUUUUAGAAAAAAAAUUAAAUUUAAGAUAAAUUAGAGAAGAAAAUAAUAGUAAAAAAUAAGUAAUUGUAAUUUGAACGUGUCAAGGGAUGGAUAUUUUUAUAUACCUUCAAAUUUACUUGCAUCUACCAAUCGAUAGGGAUUUCUUUCGUUACCAUUAAUUUUUUUACCACAAGUGUCAGUCAAUGUGCGAACGCAGUGAUGAUUCAUGAUAAAUUUUUAACGCAAAUUGCAAUAAAACUCAGGGAAAAAUCAUGAAAAACUAAUCAUUAAUUAAAUGUGAAACCAAUGCAUAUUAAAAUUAUCAUAAUGAGGUAAAGAGUGACGAGAAAUUUGCACAUUGCUAUUUCUGGAAGUAAUUUUUGACGCACUAGACGCUAGACUCUAGAUUUUAGAACCCGUUUAAUUGGAUUAUUUAAGCUACCAAUGAAAUCUGAAUAAUUAAAAAACCACUUAAAUUUAUCGAUUGUUAGAUAUGAAUAUUUCCAACGAUCUGGAUUUCGACUUAAUCAUGUACUUUAAGAUUGCGUUGUGAGUUAAGAAUGAAUGGGGUUUAACAAUAGUGAUUGUUUACCAAAAAAAAUUAAAAUAAUUUGUUUUCAAUCGACGAACGUCGUUCAGUGGUCAUCUAAAACGAACGUUCGUGUUAUUGAAAGCAUGUGUUUCCAUUCUUUGAUUAAUAAAUAGAUAUUUUUUGCAUAAGUUAUAUUUUUCUUUAUAAAAAAAAAGAUGUAUCAAAGCCGAUUAAUAAAAAAGCAAUAAAAAUUAAACAUUG